AUCGCCCCCUGCAGGACGGUCAGGGCCACGGCGGGGCCGGUCUACAAAGGCGUCUGCAAGAACUUCUCCAGGUCGCAGGGUCACGGCUACAUCCGCCCCUCGGACGGCGCCGAGGACAUCUUCGUGCACAUCUCUGACAUCGAGGGGGAGUACGUGCCCAUCGAGGGGGACGAGGUGACCUACAAGGUGUGUCCCAUCCCGCCCAAGAACCAGAAGAUCCAGGCGGUGGAGGUGGCCAUCACA